ACAGCCCAGUCUUUACUUCACGGAUAACGAUGCUCCUGAGAGGUGAUGGACAGCGAAGCUACGCCACUGACAGACAAGGCGUGACGACAAAGCAAAGUGAAAGACUGUUGGUGCAUGAGGCCUUCAGGUUCUGCUAGGGAAACGCAUGGAGCCAUACAUCAUGCCCUUGCACUCCUCAUCUCCCCCUCCAUUGGAUGAUGAUGGUGACGGGGAGGCUGGAUCAGAUGACGACGAGUUUGGAGACUUUGGGGUAUUUUCCUGCUCCCCUCCAGGCUUUCCCAGUUCCAUUAAGCCACCACCAUCUAGCCUCAAAGAGCCUGCUCCUGCCACUAAGGCAGCCAAAGACCCACCCACCUGCAACUUAAACCACCCUGUUGAACAAUUCCAAACUCUAUCCAGCCUGGGCUCAAAUUCUGUCAGAGGUGAGGGUUUUGAUGCUGAAUUAUCUUCACAUCUCACAAACGGAUAUGGUGAAGGAGGCCACAAUUCUGAGGCCCAUGAUGCCCCUGUAGUAGGGACUUUCUCUUACAUGGAGGAAAGUGGAUUUGCUGAUUUCACUGUGUUCUCAGAACAGGCAGCUCACCCCUGGUGCUGUGGCUUCUCUCCCUUAGGCAACCCAGAGAAGUGGGUUGGUGAAGUGGAAGGGUCAAAUAUGGGUGAACAAAUCUAUGGUCCAGCUGAAGCUAUAAUGAACUCUGAGCCCAAAUCUCUUUGUGUACAUGAGGCUAGAGAAAAUAUAUGCACUAAGGUCAAUCACUGUGAGAAUAGAGAUGCAGCAAUCGUGCACUCAUCUCAGGACCACCAUCAGCCUCAGGAAGCUGUAGCAGCUUUUGAUUCUGAGCAGCCUUGUUUUGCAGAGGAGGAUACAGGCAAUGAUGGGGACAGCUGGAGGGAAAUUAGGUGUCGUUUAAGGUCUUUACAAACCUCAGAGCUGCACGAGGAUGAAGAGUCAGAGAAGCCCCCGACAGUCAGUGUGUAUGAAUCUGCUUUCGAGGACCUGUCUUCUAUCUGUGAGGAUUUCUCAUUUGAAGGUAUCUCUUGUGACCUGGAACCAAAUGUUUCAUCUCUUGCUUCGCCAGACAAUCAGAGUGACUGGGACCAGACUGAUGAUGAGGAUGAAGAACUGGAAAACCACAAGCGUUCUGACUCUUUUGGCAACAGCAGCAUGACAAAUCUCAGCCAAAUUGAGGAAGAGAAGUGUUUUCAUCAAUCUGUGACUCAGGAAACCUCUGCUACCUCCACACAGUCACGUUCUCUAACACGUAGAGGAGAUGAAUUUUCAGACUUCAGUGACAGUGUUUGGGAGCAUCACAGGGACCAGGAAUGUGUUCAAGACGUGACUGUAAUGGUGCAGAGUCUUGGGACCCUCCCGCCGAGUGACAGCUUUGCAGAUUUCUGCUCAGCGCCCACGCAGGAAGAUGGAGACGGGUCUUGGGCAGUGUUCCAGGAUAAGAGGGAUCAAGAGGAGGGACAAAUGAGGACACAGGUCAGAGACCAAGUCAGCAGCCUGCACAUUGAUGGGUGUACUGAGGAAGAUCAGGACCAGGUGCAACAAUGUGGAGUUUUAAAGAGAAACAGCUGUCAGGUGUUGUUUUCCUGCCGUGUUCAGCAGCUUCUUUGGACCACUUUCCCAGAGGUCGUGGUCCCAGCUAUGGAAGGUGAGGAGGAAGCACAGAGCCUUGGCACUUUGCUCCUUUCCCGACACCUGACUGAGAGUGAGGAGGAGAAGAUGCCUGAGCUCAACAGUGAUCAGUGGGUUCAGCAGGGCCUGUGUUGGCCACACAAAGAUAUCCACAGUGCAGUUGGCCUCCGGUUUCAGUGGAGAGGUUCCCAUACAAAUAUGUCUCUGCUCCGGUGCCUCGGUGUGGACACAAGAAACAAUGUGUUCAUUGGAGCAAAGAAGUCAGUAGCUGUGUCUACUUUUGCAUCCAACCUGGGAAAACUUGAUCCCACAAAAGAUUCUGCACCAGCUGCCCGUUCUACUGCAAACACAGCAGGGACACCACAAGAAUUCCCAGGUCCCCACGUCAAACUGGACCCCUCAAAAGACUCAGUGCAGGAGGCGCCCCCUUCCGGUCUGUUGGAGCGGAGCAGCCGUCACCUCAGCAGCUCUCAGGACGACUCCUUUGCUCUCAACCUGGAUUAUUUUGGCCCUGAGGAGAAGAGCAGAUCCAACAUCUGCAGCAACAGUCCUCCACCAGGAGUUGAUCGUGAGCUCUAUGAGUUGACCAUGAGCAACCUGGAAUCCAGCAGUAGCAGCCGCCACCUAGAGGACACUUUGAAUCGCCUGAUGUCUGCUGCAGAGAAGACCAGCACUGCAGUCAGGAAACCACUACAAGAUGAAGAGCUGAGUGCCGAGAGCAGCAGUGUGAUCGCUGGACUUCCUAACUUAUCCUUUAUGAAAGCUACUGUGCUCAUGUUCCCAAGCAUCCUCAUACCCAAGGAGUCCUUAGUUUUAGAGUGAUUUUUGCACACAUACACAUACAUGUUGGUCAAACUACUUCACCUGCUGGCCAUCUGCUGGCAUAGCUCUAAAAAAAGAGGCUAUUAACUACUAGAGAGUCAGAAUAUCUUCAUGUGUUUUGGCUCAUGCAUUAAUUAAAAUGUGUCGUAAUCACCACAGUGUGAAGAGCAAGCGCUGCUAUUUUAAUGUUAUGUUUAAUGCACAAAAGUCAAAGUGCUAUUUUAAGUAAAACUCCUUUAUUGACGUUUCAAAUAAAAGUGUUUUAAUUUGCAUUUUUUUUUAAAUCAAAAAGGGAUAAUACAUAUUAGGUGAAAAGGCAGCAGCAAAGUGACCUUCAUGUGUUAAAUGUGAAACAAUAUUGUCCUUUGAUGAAAAUGUAUUGUUACAUUAGGCUAGUUGUUUAGAUUUACAUUCCUAGUUUAACCAGUUUGUCUUCCUUUUUUUGCAAUAUUAUAUUUGCACAAAAUGUUUAAGAGAAAUCUCAAGGCUAAUUUAUAGACAUAAAAAAAUAAAACAACUGAUAUAUCUACAUUUUUGUCA